UUGAUAGGGUCUUUUACAUUAAAGCGAAAAGCUCACGCCAAGUUCUUGAUUCAAAGUCUAACUCGUCCAUCGAAGUGCUACAUCGGUAGUGACACUAUGAAACCGACGGUUAUCUUCUGGCUCUUGAAUUCCUUGUCAAUGCUUGAUAUCACCUUGAACACCUCCGAUCGCCAAAGAACAAUCGAGACCAUUCUGGCAUGCCAACAUCCCUUUGGAGGCUUUGGUGGUGGACCUGAUCAAGUUGGGCAUCUUGCCCAAACCUUCUCAUCAAUAUCUGCACUGGUCAUCUUACUCGGUGAAGCAGAUGAAAAGAUCGUGAAAGAAACUUGGAAUCGGGUCAACAUAAAGCAAAUCUACAAGUGGGUUCUAAGUUUGAAGUCGCCUGAAGGCGGGUUUUCAAUGCAACAAGAUAUCAAGUUGGACGAUGAUAAACUUCAUGUUGGUGAAGUUGAUACUCGUGCAACUUAUUGUGUAUUAGCAAUUGCCACGCUACUUAACUUCCUCACACCACAUCUUGCAAGAGGAUUGCCAGAGUUCAUAGCAAGUUGUCAAACUUAUGAAGGUGGAAUAGCUUCAAUUCCACAUGGUGAAGCUCACUGUGGUUACACAUCUUGUGGAAUAGCUUCUGAUUUUUUAUUAAAAAGUCUUUCUGAUUCAAUACCAAUGGUUUCACUUGAUUAUGAUGCAUGUCUAGAUUGGAUGUGUAGAAUGCAGGCAUUACCAAUCGAAGGUGGUGGAUUCAGAGGAAGAACAAAUAAACUUGUCGAUGGUUGUUACAAUUGGUGGUGUGCUGGUUCUUUCCCCAUAAUUGGUGCAUUGAUUUCAGAAAAGCAUGAUAGUCUGAUCCAUGAAGCUGAACAGGAUAUUGACUAUGAAGAUCUUACAUUUUAUGACCGCCAAAGUUUACAAGAAUACGCUCUUCUUGUAUCUCAAGUUCGAUCAGUUGAUGGAGGUCUAUGUGAUAAACCUUCGUUGGAUCCUGAUUUAUAUCAUACUCAUUAUAUUCUUUCUGGCCUCUCAUCUUCUCAACAU